CCUCAUGGACACGAAAUGGGUAACAUCUGAGUUGGCGUGGACAUCUCAUCCAGAAAGUGGGUGGGAAGAGGUGAGCGGCUAUGACGAGGCCAUGAACCCCAUCCGCACGUACCAGGUGUGUAAUGUGCGAGAGUCCAGCCAGAACAACUGGCUCCGCACGGGGUUCAUCUGGCGACGGGACGUGCAGCGCGUCUACGUGGAGCUCAAGUUCACUGUACGUGACUGCAACAGCAUACCCAACAUCCCUGGCUCCUGCAAGGAGACCUUCAACCUCUUCUACUACGAGGCUGACAGCGACGUGGCCUCACCCUCCACCCCCUUCUGGAUGGAGAACCCCUACGUGAAAGUGGACACCAUCGCGCCCGACGAGAGCUUCUCACGGCUCGAUGCCGGCCGCGUCAACACCAAGGUGCGCAGCUUCGGGCCGCUCUCCAAGGCCGGCUUCUACCUGGCCUUCCAGGACCAGGGCGCCUGCAUGUCGCUCAUCUCCGUGCGUGCCUUCUACAAGAAAUGCGCGUCCACCAUCGCAGGCUUUGCGCUCUUCCCUGAGACCCUCACUGGGGCCGAGCCCACCUCGCUGGUCAUUGCCCCCGGCACCUGUGUCCCUAACGCUGUGGAGGUGUCAGUGCCCCUCAAGCUCUACUGCAACGGUGACGGGGAGUGGAUGGUGCCUGUGGGCGCCUGCACCUGUGCCACCGCCCACGAGCCAGCCGCCAAGGAGACCCAGUGCCGCCCCUGUCCCCCUGGGAGCUACAAGGCAAAGCAGGGAGAGGGGCCCUGCCUCCCCUGCCCCCCCAACAGCCGCACCACCUCUCCAGCUGCCAGCAUCUGCACCUGCCACAAUAACUUCUACCGUGCGGACUCGGACUCUGCGGACAGUGCCUGUACCACGGUGCCAUCUCCCCCCCGGGGAGUGAUCUCCAACGUGAACGAGACCUCGCUGAUCCUCGAGUGGAGCGAGCCUCGGGACCUGGGUGGCCGAGACGACCUCCUGUACAAUGUCAUCUGCAAGAAGUGCCGGGUGGCCCCCGGGGGCGGGGGCGCCUCCACCUGCUCACGCUGCGAUGACAAUGUGGAGUUUGUGCCUCGGCAGCUGGGCCUGACGGAGCGCCGGGUCCAUAUCAGCCACCUGCUGGCCCACACUCGCUACACCUUCGAGGUGCAGGCAGUCAACGGCGUCUCGGGCAAGAGCCCCCUGCCCCCUCGCUAUGCAGCUGUGAAUAUCACCACCAACCAGGCUGCCCCGUCCGAAGUGCCUACCCUACACCUGCACAGCAGCUCAGGCAGCAGCCUGACCCUGUCCUGGGCGCCCCCAGAGCGGCCCAACGGCGUCAUCCUGGACUACGAGAUGAAGUACUUUGAGAAGAGCGAAGGCAUCGCCUCCACAGUGACCAGCCAGAAGAACUCGGUGCAGCUGGACGGGCUGCGGCCCGACGCCCGCUAUGUGGUCCAGGUUCGCGCCCGCACGGUGGCGGGCUAUGGGCAGUACAGUCACCCGGCCGAGUUUGAGACCACAAGUGAGAGAGGCUCUGGUGCCCAGAAGCUCCAGGAGCAGCUUCCCCUCAUUGUGGGCUCGGCCGUGGCCGGGCUCGUCUUCCUGGUGGCUGUUGUGAUCAUUGCCGUCAUCUGCCUCAGGAAACAGCGACGCAGCUCUGACUUGGAGUACGCGGAGAAGCUGCAGCAGUACAUCACUCCUGGAAUGAAGGUUUACAUCGACCCUUUUACCUACGAGGACCCUAACGAGGCUGUGCGGGAGUUUGCCAAGGAGAUAGACGUGUCGUGCGUCAAGAUUGAGGAGGUGAUCGGAGCUGGAGAGUUUGGGGAGGUGUGCCGGGGGCGACUGAAACAGCCCGGUCGCCGGGAGGUGUUUGUGGCCAUCAAGACGCUGAAGGUGGGCUACACCGAGAGGCAGCGGCGGGACUUCUUGAGUGAGGCCUCCAUCAUGGGUCAGUUUGACCAUCCCAACAUCAUCCGGCUGGAGGGCGUGGUCACCAAAAGUCGGCCAGUGAUGAUCCUCACGGAGUUCAUGGAGAACUGCGCUCUGGACUCCUUCCUCCGGCUCAACGACGGACAGUUCACGGUCAUCCAGCUGGUGGGCAUGUUGCGGGGCAUUGCUGCCGGCAUGAAGUACCUGUCCGAGAUGAACUACGUGCACCGCGACCUGGCUGCCCGCAACAUCCUUGUCAACAGCAACCUGGUCUGCAAAGUCUCCGACUUUGGCCUCUCCCGCUUUCUGGAGGACGACCCCUCCGACCCCACCUACACCAGCUCCCUGGGCGGGAAGAUCCCCAUCCGCUGGACCGCCCCUGAGGCCAUAGCCUAUCGGAAGUUCACUUCUGCUAGUGAUGUCUGGAGCUACGGAAUCGUCAUGUGGGAAGUCAUGAGCUACGGAGAGAGGCCGUACUGGGACAUGAGCAACCAGGAUGUCAUCAACGCUGUGGAGCAGGAUUACCGGCUGCCCCCACCCAUGGACUGCCCCACAGCGCUACACCAGCUCAUGCUGGACUGCUGGGUACGGGACCGGAACCUUCGGCCCAAGUUCUCCCAGAUCGUCAACACCCUGGACAAGCUCAUCCGCAACGCCGCCAGCCUCAAGGUCAUCGCCACUGCCCAGUCUGGCUUGUCACAGCCCCUCCUGGACCGCACGGUCCCAGAUUACACAACCUUCACAACAGUGGGCGACUGGCUGGACGCCAUCAAGAUGGGACGGUACAAAGACAGCUUCGUCAGUGCGGGGUUCGCGUCCUUCGACCUGGUGGCCCAGAUGACUGCAGAAGACCUGCUCCGGAUCGGGGUCACCUUGGCAGGACACCAGAAGAAGAUCCUCAGCAGUAUCCAGGACAUGCGGCUGCAGAUGAACCAGACUCUGCCUGUGCAGGUCUGACACCCGACUCCUCCGCGGUGGGCGCCCCCCAGGGAGCGCACACAGACUGACCAGCCGGCUGGACUUUCGGACUUUUGGAUGCCUGGGUUUAGGCUGUGGCCGGAAGAUGGAAGUUUGGGGAGAGCCCCAACUGGGACUUCUCCAGGCCUGUGCUCCCUCCCCAGGAAGUGUGCCCCAAACCUCUUCAUAUUGAAGAUGGAUUAGGAGAGGGGGUGAUGAUCCCUCCCCAGACCUUUUGGGGCCCAGGUCUUUCUGCUCUCCAGUGGGGGAUCCCCACAAACGCAGACUUUGCCAUGCUUCAGUGCUGGAGGUCCUGGCGGGCUCAGUGAGGGGCCGGGGGUAAGCCUGGGUUCUACAGGGCCCACCCCUGGCUGGGGUCUGUCCCACCCUCAGGAACUGGAGGAGGGGACUCCAGGAAUGGGGAAAUGUGACACUUCUACCCCAAAGCCAGCUGGCAGCUCCAGUUUGCACAGGGACUGUUGUUCUGGGGGCCGAGGGCCCUGCCCCCACCCCCUGCCCUUGGUGCUGUCAUAAAAAGGGCAGGCAGGGGCAGGUGACUAGUAGCCCCUUGCCCCCAGAGACUCUCAGAGCCAGAGAUCGGAUGUGUGUGUGAGUGUGCGUGUGUGUGUGACUAAGUGUGCACGCACUAGCCUGCACAGAGUGUGGGUGGGCGUGUAAAAGCUCGGCCCUGUGCCCUGCAGCGGGGCAGCUGGGUCUUCAGCGGAAUAAAGGCAAUAA